AUGCUGCUUUUUCUUUUCGAAUUUUUGAGUUUUGCCUUUAGUAAAUGGGCACAUCAUUCUCAGUGCAUGACAAAAAACGAUAUAAGAGGAGACAAACAUGGAGAAUUGAGAUGUACUGGACCAAGCUGCGAGAUUUUCUGCGAAAAAGAGUUCGAUCAUUAUGGUGGUCCGAGAAAGGUGAACUGCAAAGUGCAUCAAGAUCCCCUGAAAAAGACCCAGUGGAAUCAUCAAAUUGGAGUUUGUCGCCCUUGCGUCCCGAUCGUCCCUAAAGAUCAGGGGCUCGUUAAAAAGUGUCGCAAAUCCGCAACAACUGGGAUAUUCAACUGUCAAUAUACUUGCAAAGAAAGCAACCACGUGAUCAUGCCGCCACGGAGGAAAACCUUUCUGGUCGGAUGCCGCUGCAGGUGGAAAAUUGACAAGCAAGAAAUUUGCCACUGGCGAAGAGCAAAAAGCAAUAAAAUCUACGAUGAAGAGAUUCAGAACUGGACCUGCGAGCCUCGCAAAGAAAUCGUGUUUUCGAAGACGCCGGUUGGACUUCCAGAUAAUCUCGAAUCCUGCUCGAAAGCAAUGCAAAACAACUUUGGAAUCUAA